CACCGUACAGCUCGCUGCUGCGGCAAUCCAACGAAGUGACUAUUAAUUACAGACAUGGUCUUCCUGUGAUAACUCUUACGCUGCCCACAAGAAGUGAACGCUGUCGGUUCACUGUUAAGCCAAUGGUUACCACUGUCGGGGCCGUCAAAAAAGAUGUGCAGAGGGAAGAUAAAGGAAUCGAGAGGGCAGAAGUCUUGGCAACAGAUGGUAGCAGGGUCUCUGACGCGACCCUGAUGGAGCUCUUACUGAUGAAGGACUUUGAACUGGUGAUCAACAACACAGCGUACAGCGUGUCACCUCCUGUAAAAGAGAAGCUGAGUAGUGAGCGUGCUACUGAAAUGGAAGAUAUCAAAUCCGUGGUUCACAGGCUGUUUGUGGCUCUGCAUUUAGAAGAUCACCAGAUCAGGAAAGAGAGGGAACUGCUGCAGAAACUGGAUCAUCUAAAGGAAGAGCUGCUGCCUCUUGAACAGAUGAAAGCCAGAAUCACGGACGGUGCAAAUGCAAAGACCUCCAGGCUUCUGUGGGUGGGCUUAGCUCUGAUGUCAGCUCAGGGGGGAGCACUGGCAUGGCUCACGUGGUGGGUCUACUCCUGGGACAUCAUGGAGCCGGUCACCUACUUCAUCACGUACGGCAGUGCCAUGGCUUUCUAUGCCUACUUCGUUCUCACUAAACAGGACUACGUUUACCCUGAUGCUCAAGACAGGCAGUUCCUCCACUACUUCUAUCGGAAAUCCAAAACCCAGCAUUUUAAUGUGGAACGAUACAACAAGCUCAAAGAAGAUUUGGCAGAGGCAGAAGAAUCCCUGAGGCGUCUGCGCCAGCCGCUGCACCUGAGGCUCCCAAUCCAGGAAAUCCACGACAAGGACUGAUGUGGUUUUGUUUCAAUCAGAACUGCCCUCAGAGCUGACACCGACGUUUCGUUCCCCUGCAAAAACUGGGUAUUUUUGACCACUGUGCUUUCGAAAGUUGCAAUAAACAGCUGUAGAA